UGUUUCUGUUAUCUGGGCCGCACUUUGAACGGCUUUUGAAAUAAAUAUGCUAAAGUCAACAUCAUUCCAUUAGGAUGGAUUUUCGGAAUGCCCGCGCCCGGCAGCCGGAGAUUGUACGAUCCGUGCAGAAGGAUGCCCGCUACACCAACGAGCUAGCGGAGGAUUUCUCGGAUGUCCUGCGGCUGACAGGACCUAGGAACUGGAUCAAGUACAACCAAAUGUGCAGGCUGCUUGCGGAACUCAGUUACCAUGGAUUCGCAUCGAUCAACAAUCUGCAAACUCUGGGCGAGGAAUACACAGGCAUCAUACAAGUGGAUGGGAACUACAAGCAUAUUCCCAGCAGAAUGCUGCAACUCCUGGCUAUUGUCCUAGAGUUUGGUGGUGAUUCCCUCUUCCAAAAGUUGCUCAACAAGCUGGACACUUUGAUAGCCAGUCAUGAAGAGGUCCGACCCGAAGCCAAGCAGCAGCUAAAGAGUUUCAUUCAGCGGCUGCGACAAUCGCCUGGCUACGUGAAGGCAUUACACAAGUCCCUGUUUUACUUGGACGCCAGUAAAUAUCAGCUCUCGAAGCGCACUACCGGCAUCAACUAUGUACUGAUCCGCCAUUGGCUGCAGCCAGAGUUCUCACUUUAUGGCUACAAGAUCCUUGGAGUGAUUACGUUCCUGCAGGUGACGGUUUCGCUGGCAAUCAGCGGCUGGGAUGUCUGGCGGGAGCACAAACGCCAGCAGCUAGAGGCCUUAAAAAAGGUGGGAAAGAAGUUCCUGCUGCGAGGGUCCAGCGGGAAAGAGCCAGAGUCAGAUGCGCCCCAGUGCAUCCUCUGCCUGGAGCCACGUGCGAACAGCAGUCUGACUCCGUGUGGACACAUAUUCUGCUGGUCUUGCCUCUUAGAGUGGCUGGAGGAGCGAGACGAGUGCCCAUUGUGCCGGGAAUCGUUGAAAAAGUCACAAGUGAUACAACUGCAGAACUAUGCCUGAGUUCUCGCCUGGUUUUGGGCGUCCAUGCCAAAUGCCGCCUUAUGUUUAAAGUAUUUUUUUAACAAUAUUUCAACCUUGUAUUGUGUAAUAUUUGUAGUUUAUUUACCGAAUAAUCAGAAUUACAUUUGGUAAGAAUGAA